AUGUCGGAGGCACCAACCUUGAGCACGCCCCCCAACGUCCCUUGCCAAAGCACUAACACGUGCCCUGGUAAUGAAAAUGGAAUCCCAGAGGACAAAGUUCGCAAUUUUGUUUCACAGCUCCUGGAUUCGCUCAUCGAUGAGCUAAUGAGAGUUGACGGAUGCCCAUCAAUCACUCUAAAACGACGCUCGAAUCAUUCCCACUUCUCGCUGAAUCCGGAAACAGGAGCUUUGCAACGUGACACUACCGAACCUUCAUGCACUUAUUCAUGGCCAGGUAAAACUGCACAGGAGGCCUGGCGCUUUGCGGUUCUCUUGCGGAUCCUUGGCCAUAUAUCAGAGGCCAUCCGAGGCGACUUCAUUAGCUCGAAGCGGGAUAUCUAUUAUCUUGACCCGGUGUACUUUGGGUCCCAGAGUGUGGUGGAUCGAUGCAUCGACGACAUUGCUUGUACAAUUGGUGUCGACAGGACAGCAUUACACGUGGCAGCAGCAGCAAAGGGGGUUGUGGUUGGAACCUUCAAUGUCACACUAAAUGACGAUUUCAUGAUCGAUGUGGCCGUUCAUGCUGAGGUUUCUUUGCUACUCCUGCCGGACUCUUUCCCAUUUGUUAUAUUGACAUGUAUACAGGGUAUGCUCGUUCCCCGGGUCGAAACGGUUAAGAAAAUCGAUACCUCAACUAUUAGAUGGAUCCUGGUGAUUGAGAAAGAGGCCACAUUCCACCGUUUGGCCACGGUCAACUACCAUACAACAUCUGCUGCAGGAUCAGGAAUUCUUAUCACGGGGAAGGGGUAUCCAGACAUCAGCACCCGUGCGUUUCUCCAUUUAUUAUCCCGAGUCCCACCAUCAGCAUCAGGAGCACUGCCAUUCCGUCAACCUCCUAUAUUCAUGCUUGUGGAUGGUGACCCAGACGGCAUGGCUAUCAUGUCAACCUAUAAAUACGGUUCAAGAGCGCAAGCACAUGAUAACACCAAUCUUGCAGUCCAUAAUGUGCAGUGGCUCGGUCUGCAGGCGUCAGAACUAGUUCCUUCAAGUCUUGAAAUACAGGGCGAUGAUGCUCUAAUACCGCUGACUUCGAGGGAUAGGAAGAAGGCCCAGGACAUGUUAGGGCGGAGCCCGGUUUUCGCAGAGGAUGGGCCGGAACCGGCCUGGAGGUGGGAGCUGCAGCAUAUGCUUAUGACCAAUGUGAAGGCGGAGAUUGAGAUGUUGUACGAACGGGAAGGGGGCAUUGAGACAUGGCUAGACCAUAAGCUGCAGACAUUGGUCUGA